AUGGAUACGAUGAGCGAAUGGAGUGUAAAAAGAAACUCGGGAUCGAAAGCUCCGAGCGUUGCAGAAAUCGUAAUCACUCCGCGAAUAUUCAGUUAUUCCGGUGCUAGAGAAAAAUUAAGCAAGCAUGGAAGUGAUAAAUCUGUGCGAAAAAGAAAAAGGAGUGUGAGCGAAGACGAUCGUCGGAAAGGAAGAUCGAGGGAGAAUUCGCGUAGAGAAGAUCGCCGUAGGAGGAGCACGAAAACGAGGAAAGAAAAUGAUCUCGGAGAGAGUAAAAGCGAUGGAGGAGCGGCUCUUAAGUGUGACCACUGCCGCAAAAAAUUUGGGUCAAAGUCAACUCUAAUAGUGCAUUUGAAGCAGCACCGUUACCACUGCGAUCAGUGUCCAAAAGCUUUUACCCUCGUUCGCCACCUGGACGCCCACGUUGAGAAAGUCCAUCGCAUACAAUAUUACAAAUGCACCGUUUGCGAUUACGAGAGCCACAACAGGAGUACGUUGAAAACUCAUUUCAUACGCUUGCACACAAGCAAUUAUGAGUUCGAGUGUGACACGUGUGGCAAGCAGUUCAAAAUACGAAAGGCUCUGAAUCAGCACGUGAAGCUUUACCACCUCGAUGCUCCGCCCAUAGUGUGCGACGUUUGUGGCCAUUUCAGUAAAAAUCUUCAUGCCCUGAAAGCCCACCUGAGAUAUCGACACUACAAACCCGAAUUCGUUUGUAAAAUAUGCAAUCGCGGUAUGGUGACCAAAGAGAAUCUCGAGCAGCAUAUCGAUUGGCACAAAACUCGGGAAAAAGUUUUAUGUCCGACGUGCGGCAAGAAAUUCCGAUCACGAGAUCUCGAAUCUCACAUGAGAGUCCACACCGGCAUAAAACCCUUCGCCUGUCCCGUAUGCGGUAAAAACUUUCGACGUCAAACUGCCCAGGAACAGCACAUUGUCAUUCACACCGGCCAACGGCCCUACGUCUGUGACAUUUGUGGUCAAGCUUUCGCCCAAAAACCCGGAUUGAUUUGUCACAGGAAAAAACAUCCUGGACCUCUGCCACCGCCCCCUGUUACUUCCAUCAAAAAUAUCAUUACGGAAUUCUUACAAGAAUACGCAACCGGACAAUUUUCCAAAUAA